UUGGAAUGGAGGCGGGGCCUAGGCGCCCUUCGGCUGCUGGGAUGCUAACAGUGGACUAGAAAGGAUGAGAGAAAAUGUUGGAUGAGACAUCCGCUAACUUUCUCCCACCUUUCGCGAAAUUGCGGUGCGGUGUCCGCUCCCGUUUAGCUCCGUCCAUAGAAGGUCUCUGUUUUCCAUCAUGAGCAUAUUGCAGAGAUUUCAGUCUGUGGUACUGUUUGUUAGACAUGGCCUGAGGCGACAGAGAACUCUGGCUGAGAUCAAUGCAGAUGCUUCUUUUGUACACCCCCCUCCUGAUGGGGGCUGGGGCUGGGUUGUGGUGUUGGCAGCAGCCAUCCAUUCCUUGUUUAUCAGUGGCCUCCACAGUGCUUUUGGCGUUUAUAUGAUGCCCCUUCUUACAACCUUCAAGGCAAGCAACUCACAGAUAGCCUGGAUCGGAUCCAUCAGCUAUGCUUUCAUUAUGAUAUUUGGUCCUGUAUCUGGAAAACUUCUGGUGAAAUAUGGAGCCAUCAAAGUGGCAAUAAUUGGAGCAAUGGUUGUCAUGAUUGGUCUAAUAUGUUCUUCCUAUACCUAUGAUUUGCGUUUACUAUUUUUCACUCACGGAAUCAUUGUUGGCGUGGGAUCAAGCCUGGGCACCACUCCAGGCCUGAUAAUGGUCAGCCUUUACUUUACUCAAAAGCGCUCAUUUGCAACUGGAAUAGUGAUGGCAGGAGGGUGCGCAGGAACUUUUGUGCAAAAUAAACUUCACGAGUACUUAAUUCAGACACUUGGAUGGAGACGUAGUCUACGUGUAUACAGUGGAAUUCUAAUAAUAUGCAUCAUUGCGGGAUUUGCAUAUCAACCUCUUCAAAAACAUAGAGCUCAUCCAAGUGUAGUCGAAAAGUUUAAAACCUCCCCACUAAGAGGUUUUAUUGUUGAUUUAAGUUUGUGGAAAGAUCGUAUCUUUGAAGUUUGGGUCUGUUCUCUUGGAUUAGCCAAAUUUGGAUUCUUCAUACCAUUUGUGCAUAUGAUUAAACUUGCUGGUGACCUGGGCAUUCCACUGGAGAAAGCAUCCUACAUUAUGGUAGCCAUUGGAGUGAGCAGCAUGGUUAGCUCUCUUCUAUUUGGAAAACUCUGUGAUAUUGAACGAAUCGAUCGGCUGUAUCUUAACCAAGUGUCCAUAUUGUCCGUUGGUGUGGUAUAUUUUAUCAUUCCUCACUGUACAAACUUUCCCUCCCUAAUAGCAGCUUGCUCUGUUUUGGGAUUUGUUGAUGCAGGAAACUAUGUUCUCUUACCUGUCCUUACAUUUGAUUUGAUGGGGCCCGAGAAAAUGCCAGUUGCAUGGGGAUUUCUCAUGGUUGUCAAUGCAAGCAGUUGUUUUGGUGCACCCUUUGCAGGUGCAAUGUAUGACUUGUUCGGCAACUACAACAUUGGCUUUGUAGUAACGGGAAUUUGUAAUAUUGCUGCAGCUAGCAUCCUUGCUUUCAUUCCAUGGCUGCAAAGAGAAACAACACAGUCAUCGAAAAACUAUCUUAAUGCUUCUGUAUGUGUGAUAACAAACACCAUAGUUCCUUGGCAAUCACCCACUCCUUCGUUAGGGAGUCUAACUUCCUCCUACACAAAAACACUUUAUGCUGGUGAUGAAACUCAAUCUUUUCAUUCAAAAAGAUUUACCAGUAGUAUUAAAUCAUUCAGUGUGAAAUCGUUAAAAAGCAUAAUGAAGUCAGAUGCAACAGGGCCUUUGACAAAAGCAGAACCAAAAUCUUCCACUGGGACAUUGGAGAUUGACUCACAAGAACAGGUUGAAAGAAAAACAGAUUUGAUGCCAAUGCAAGAGCUAAGCACACCAGAAACAUCAUUUAAAAGUGAAAGUGGAUUGAUAAAACAUCCAGAAUACAUUUCCUACAAAAAAGAAGACAUGUUGGCUUUUCUAAACACAUAUGAGGCUGAUGAGGAAGAGAAAUUUGUAAGUGAAAUUGAUUUGAGGCCAAAAAAGGAACUAACCGUGUCAGAUGCAGAAACUUUUGAAUCUACAAAACAGUCAGAACACAUUCCCCAUAAAAGAGAAGACGUAGUGGCUUUCGUCAAUGAAUAUGAUGGUGAAGAAGAAGAAGAGAAACUUGAUACCACAAAAGAGUUGAAGCCGAAACUGGUUUGGGUGCUGCCCACAUCAGAUGCAGAAAUGUCAGGAGAGCGCAAAGUGGCUUUUGCAGAUGACCAUUAUGAUGACGAACAUGUGGACUUUGAUAGUGUAACUAACUUGAGGCCAGUGCAGGUGCUAACCGUAUCAGAUGCAGAAACUCCAGAAUCUACAAAACCAGCCGAGCGCAGAGUGGCUUUUGCAGAUGACCAACCUGAAGACAAAGGAGAGCAUCUUGAGGGCAGAGCUGAUACGAGGCCAGUGCAGGAGAUACCAGUAUCAGAUGCAGAAACUUUGGCAUCAUUCAAACAAGCAGAGCGCAGAGUGGCUUUUGCAGAUGACUAUGAUGAUGCUGAAGGUGCACAUAGUGGGAGCUUAGCUGACUUGAGGCCAAGGCAAGUGCUAUCCAUAUCGGAUGCAGAAACUUUGGGAUCUUUCAGACCAACAGAGCGCAGAGUGGCUUUUGCAGAUGACUAUGAUGAUGCUGAAGGUGCACAUAGUGGGAGCUUAACUGACUUGAGGCCAAGGCAAGUGCUAUCCAUAUCGGAUGCAGAAACUUUGGGAUCUGUCAGACCAACAGAGCGCAGAGUGUCUUUUGCAGAUGACCAACCUCAGAAUAAAGGAGAGCAUCCUGAGAGCAGAGCUGAUGCCAAGAGUUCAGGAUCUACACAUCCGACAGGAUACCCUCCCCUAAUAAGAGGAAUGGCUUUCCUAGAGAACUCUGAAGGUGAUGAAGAGCCCAGCCAAUUUGAAACCAACGAAAACCCCCUUUAGAAGUGAAACUUCAACACAUGUAAUACAGGCACAGCAAAUGCCUUCGACUUCCCAUGGAAAAGAAGAGGGUAUGGCAUUUGCCAGUGGUGAUGAUGAUGAUGAUGGUGAACAAGCACCACAACAGAAAUGAUCAGAGUGCAGCAGCAAUGUUAAUAAUACUGGAUCAGUUACAAAUCUGUCUGUCUGGCCCGUCAAGGGUACAUUACAUAGUACCCUUGCUUGAUGUCUGAGUAGUAUUCACAAAACAUUAUUUACUAAAAAGCACUUCUCUUAGCUGUAUAUUAUUUUUGUAACUUAGAUGUAGAAACAAUUAGUAAUUGACUAGAUUUCUAGUGUGGUUGAAAAGUUUUUGACAAUUGCUUUUUAAAAAUAAAAUAAAGCUCCUCAAUUGUUUUUCUUUA